UUAGCGCCACAUAGACAGACAGAGCCAGCUAGCUAGAGAUAAUUGCAAUAAUGCAAUAAUGCAAUAAUUAUUAGGGUGAAAUGUUUAGUUAAACCGGUAGAAUCAAACUUAACCGUUGCGGAUUAAAAGAGAGAAAACUAAAGAUUUAAUACUAGAAUUUGAAAAUGCGGCGCGCCUUUGUUGUUUUUUAAUUGCAGAAACAACUGUGAAAUACCAGAAGCAAAAAAACAAAAAUGUUACUGUGAAAUACCAGAAGCAAAAAAACAAAAAUGUUAUAACGUGCUAAUGUAAUAUUACAAUACGUGAUCAAGGCGCGACAGCAAUCAUUUAUUUAAAAGUAUUUUUUGUUAUUAGUACGGAAUGCUAAAAUUAUUAAGUAAUAGUGAAUAUGCAUAACUAGCGAUUUCAUGCUAUUAAUCUUGUAAUAUCGUUUAUUUAACGUACUGUCUGUAUUGCAUAUCAUUUAUGGUGACAUACGAAUUUAAUUGACUAUUUAAUUCAACUACCAACUAAGAUCACUUCCCCCCGGAUAUUUUACGUAAGUUAUCGAGCCUAAUCAUUGCUUUCUUCUUGGUUUUAAUGAUAUUGUUUUAGCUUUGCUUCUAUUAUUAUAGAAAACUAAAUGAAUACGUAUAAUUCCAAUAUUAAAUGAAAAUGUCUGAUAAACAUUUGCUUGAAAUCAGGAAUGAGAAUCAUUUAUAAUUGUACAAUAUAGACCAACUAUACACAUCCGGUAACAAUCAAUUCAAGAUAAAUAAAUAAAUAAAUAAAUAAAAUAAAUAUUAAAUAAACAUUCAGAAAUUACAAAAAAAAAAUGCAAAAUGUUCCAAUAAUAAACUUUACAUAAGUGCUGAACUAACCAUAUAAAGUAAUUCAAAUGUAGUACAAGAAUAAAUAUUUUUAAUCAAAAUGUCGUUCAAAAAUAUUCCGUUGGCGACGGUUACAAUUGGCCCCGAAUCGUGGCGUGAUGUAACCGUAAACGCCAUCAGACUGUCCGACCGGUUAGUGAAGACUUUAGCCCCGUGCAGGUCAGGGGCCAGGAAUGGCAGUUCUAGCGGCAGCCCGGUCAUUCAACUCGGCGAAGAACCAGGAAACACCGCGGCUCGGGAUCAGCAACUCGGGCCUCGUAAUAGCGAUCUCAAUCUACCCCGUGGAAAGUGUACCAACGGAUCUGAAGCUGAAAGCGGGAUGGAAAAAACAGGACCUGGCAAAUAUAGACCUGUUUCUGCACCGCAUCAUAACUUACAUGUGUCGUUGAAAGCAGGGGACGCCCCCCCUUCCUUCCUGCGGGUUCACCUAGCGGAACGCAGCUCCCACCUCGCCCGCUCUUACACCAGGGCCGUCCGCUCGCUGGUCACUGAGCUGAGGCUGCAGGCCGUCCACACCAACGACGACACCAAGAGGCUGCUGCGCAGUCGAGAGACCCUGGAGAAGAGCCUGGCGGACCUGCGCAAAGACCUGCUGCUCAACAAGAGCAGCGUGGACACGAGGAGGCUCCGACCGGCCCCCAGGGAGAGGGUGCGUGACGGUGCAGACUAUCUUCUGGAAGCAGAGAGAAAGCUGUUGAUUGAGCUGAAAUCAGAACUGGAAAUACGACUCAAAAUGACAAGACACCAGCUUGAGAUGCUGUGCUCCUGUCGGAAGAGGCUGCUGGAUUGCGCUGCAGAGAGGUCCAGGGUUCUAGACCUCUUCCCCAACUCUUUUGCGGACUGGACGCGGAGCCACAGCUGCAGCCCUACCUCUCCGACCUCCUCCUCUUCCCCUUCUCAGAGCAGAGAGCUCCUGAAGGCCAGUCCUGCAACACCCUGCACUCCAGAAUGCCAGGAGGCCCUGCAGGCCGCUCGGACAGCUUGCCUCCAGUCCAGGGCUCUGUGUCGGGAGGUGAAGGAAGCGGUGGAUCAGGCCGUGUCUCUGGGACGCGCCGCACACAAAGCCACCAACGACGGCCUCACACAGAAGAUAGCUGAGACUGUUAACCUCACACAACACCUGCAGGUGAGCUCAGGGGAGUCCCGGGUUGCGAUCCAGAGAAUCCAGCGCUGGUACGAUGAGAACGAGCACUCGGAGGGGCGGGUCCUGGGUCCAGUGUCCAGCGCUGACUUGCUCACUAGAGAGCGUCUUGACCGUCCGCAGGUCCAGGUCUAUCAGAGACACGCCGGGACUCAGCUGCCAGAGGCCACUGCCAUCGUACAGGGUUACGCUACCCUCCGGCAGUCUCUCCUGAACACCAGCCAGGACCUGGGCCUGCUGCACCGGACUCGUCUGCAGCUGGAGGAGAACAUGCAGGGGAAGAGGGCAGCGGCCGGCCUGGACUCAGCUAUCACCAGGCUGCGUCGGAGGAACUCUGACCACCGCUGGACCGUGCCCCACCUCAAAUAAAGACCCGCUUCAUUUAACAGCGUGUUCUGUGUGUUUAAAAUAAGAUGUGUGCUAAUCAGGGGGGUUUUGAUUGAUCGAAACAGAUUUGGAGGAAUAGCCUCCCAUUGAGAGCGUAGGACUCAAAGUAUUGAAGUUACACUGUGGUAGAGUGUCUUACUCUGGCAUUGCCUGUGCAGCGUGCUGUACUUUAUCAGAAAGAAUGCAGCUGGACCUUGACCACUGUGUUUAACACCUCUCUUUAAAACCUGUUUGCCACCAGGUAAGGCUACACCUAACAGUAGAGGAUGUUAUACAUCUUCAAUCUCUGUUCUAACUCAAUAAAUAACAUUUAAAAAGUAGUCAUGCAUAGUCAAUUGCAGUGUUAAAAUAAUUUCUGCUUAAAAAAUAUAAUGAAUGAUUUCGUUUUUUUUUUCUAUUCUGUUCUCUUGUGGGAUACACGUUUGACGACCUCUUAAAUUAAUUAUUCAUGAGCUGCUCUUUCUCAGCCAGUCAAGGGGAGUGGGGAGGGGCUGAAUUCUUAACCCCGCCUUUCUCAGAUAUCUUAAAGCAUGCAGUGUUUCGAACCAGUAUUAUGAAGAGUGAAGGGUGCUGUGUAUUUGAAUAUAUUGAAUCAUGGAUUGUUAUUACAAUCAUAUUAUUAUACUGAACUGUUUUUAAAUGACAUCAUAUUAUGGGAUUUUUUUUGCAAUAUAAUAAACUAAUUUGAUUGAUA